AUAAUAUUAAAUUUUUUUUUUUUUUAUUUUUUUUUUUAAAAUAUUUAAAAAUAAAAUUAUACAGCAUUUAUUUUAAUUAUUUCAAACUGUGUAUCAAAUAAAUAAUAUAAUUAAUAAACACACACAACAUAUUAUUAAAUAAUUAUUUUUUAAAUUUUAAAUUUAUUUUAUUUAAUAACCAAAUUUUUUUUUUUUUCCAAUUUAUUCAUUUUAUUUAUUCAUUUAAAAAUAUUUAAUAUUAUAUAUAUAAAAAAAAAAUAAUAAUAACCAUAUAUAAAAAAAUAAUAUAUAUAAAUAUAUAUAUAAAUAAUAUAUAUUAAUAGAAAUAGUUUAUUAAUAGAUUAUUAAUCAUCUAAUUUUUUUUAAAUUAAAAAAAAAUUUUAUUGUAUUUAAAAAACUCAAACUCACACACACAUUUAAUAAGAAUAUCACAUAAUUUAAAUAAUCAUAUAAAAUAAAAUGUAUAAUAAUUGUAAUAGUAUUAAUAAUAAUAAUUGUGGUGAUAAAUUUUUAAAUAAUAUAUUUAGAAAUGUUUAUAUAAAUAAAUUAAUAUUUUCGCAUGUAAAGCAAUUUAAUAGAGUAGACAAGUUAACAUCAUUUAAUAAUAGAAAAUUUUUUAAUGGUGCAAUUAAUUAUAAUACUAGAUUUAAAGAGUUUUCAGUUAAAUCAUUAUUAGAAUAUGAAAAUAGAGAUUAUAUAAAGAACUUAACCAUCAAAUCAAAUAAUUAUAAAUCUAAACAAGAAACAAUCUAUCAAGACGAUGACGAUGACGAAUUCUCAAUCGAACAAGAAGAUGAAGUAGAUUAUAUAAAUAUUCCAGUUGGAUUAAUUCCAAGAUUUGUUGAAAAUUUAGAAAUCGAUAAAGAAGGUUUUGUUUUAUACCCACAAGUUAUUCCAGAUUCAGUUAAAAUAUUGAAGCUCAUCGGUAAUCAAAUGUUAAUGCCAGGUUCCAUUCCAUCAUCAGUCAAAACUUUAAUAAUUAUAAAUAGUAAACAAAUGUUAGUACCUGGAGUCAUUCCUUCAUCAGUAGUAGAUUUAAAGAUUUUUUCAUCCGACCAACCAAUUCUUUUAAAUUCAAUUCCAUCAUCAGUAGAAUACUUAGAGUAUGAGAAUAACCAUCCAGUAUUUGCUGGUAUUUUACCAUCAUCCAUCAAGAAGAUUAAAUUUGGACCAUCAUUUAAUCAAGAUUUAGUAAGAGGUUUCAUUCCAAACUCUGUUGUUGAAAUCGAUUUCUCUCAUUGUGUUGGAAAGUUUAAUAAACCAUUGAUGCCAAAUGUAAUUCCAUCAUCUGUAAAGAAAAUUUUUAUGUCUAAAGACUUUAACCAACAAUUAGUAAAGGGAUCUUUACCAUCUAGUUUAGAAGAGAUCUAUUUCUGUAGCUUUAACCAACCAUUAACCAUCGAAUCAAUCCCAUAUGGUGUUAAAUUAUUAGACCUUGGUUAUGAUUUUGACCAACCAUUAGUACCAGGUUGUCUCCCAUCAUCAAUCCUCGAAUUAGGUAUUUCCGUUCAAUUUAACCAACCAUUAUUACCAGGAUCUUUACCAAGUCAGCUCCAAUCUAUCGAAUUUGGUUCAAAAUUUAACCAACAAAUACCACUCGAUUGUCUCCCAAGUACACUCUCCUCUAUCAAAUUUGGUGAUGACUUUAACCAACCCAUCUUACCAUUUUCUUUACCAGCCAAUUUAAUUUCCUUGGACUUAGGCUUCUCUUUCGAUCACCCAUUAGAAGCUAAUGUUAUUCCAUCAAAAUGUGAAGAAUUGUAUUUUAGCAACAACUACAACCAAAAUUUUAUUAUUCCAUCGACAUGUACAAUUGAAUAUUUAAAUACCAAUAACAAUUAAACCAAUUUAAUUUAUUAUUUCAACCUCUUUUAUUAACCACCCAACAACAAAUCAUUAUAUUUAUUUAUUUAUUUAAUAUUAUUUAAUUUAUUUAUUUUAAAAAAUCAAUAUUAUCGACACAAUUAAUUUAAAAAAAAAAACAAAAAAAAAAUUUAAUAAAACUAAAAUAAUUGUAUAUUUUUUAAAAGUAUAAAUAAAAUUAAAUAUUUUAAUUUUAUUUAUAUAGUUUUAAUU